UAUUUCGUACGAUUCUACAUGAUAUUUGCAAGUUAUGGGUCCAGUUAAUUUAAAGGAAUUAUACACUACAAUAUUACACACUAGUUAAGAAUAUUUCCUUCUCCAGGUUUGAAAUAUAAACUAUAAACUUAGCAAACUGUUGGUUAAUAUUAGAUGCGGUCAGACACGGAUUUAAAUCAAAUACGCUAAAAAAAGUUAAUUUGAAUAAUUCUCUUGAUAGGCACUUUCUUGCCCAUUGAGCCCGGUUGUCACUGUGCCUGCUUGCUAGCUGGCUAGUCCUCUUCUCUCACAAGAUAAAAGUAAAGAGUAAAGAUUGACAUGAGGUACAAAAAAUACGCUAGUUACAUAAAACUGAAACAAGAAACGUAUUACUUUUUUAUUAAUAAUAUACAUACAGCUGGAAUACUACUGUCCACUCAUUAGAUGUCUGACUGUGAAAAAGCUUCGACGGUUAAAAAAGGGGGAAAAAGUAGUAUAGUAGACUCAGACUCAAACUCAACUUUCAAGGACCAGCCACCCGUGCAGCUUCCGUAGAAGUGACGUAUCUGCGUUAUUUGUCCAAUCAGCGAUGAGCAAGGAAAUGGAAACCACACAAUAGUUUUAACAAACGGUGAUAUUAAAAUAGAUGUUUUAUAGAAAAUGUGUCUUUGGAAAAUAUCCAACUUAAAAAUAAUUAUUUUAUUUUUUAUUACAAAUCGUAGUUGAAGCCAUUCAAGCUCCGCCCGCUCGGGAAAUUAUGAGGUAAAAAUCGAGUGCCCUAUUCCUCGCUGUAGCCUUUUGGUUUCCCGGCGGAAAAAAACGCAAGAUCACCUGACUCGACUCUUGUACUUCCUCAAAUUGUAAACAUUGGAACGGUUGCAGGCUUCAAGUCAUAGGCGAGAGAUAAAUACAAAUUUCGUUUAACACAAUGUAACGUUUGACUAUUGUACGUUACUAUGAAUUGGUUCAAAACUAUAUUUGCCGAAAAUUAACUCGGACGUGAACGGUCAACUUUUGUUAAGCUGUCAAUUUUUUUCCGUUUAAAACGACAGCUAUCUGGAUAUUUUUGUGUCCCUCACAUGUACCAGGGUUUUUGUGCUGUGUGGGAAUGGGACCCAUCUCUAGCUGGUGCAAAUGGAGAAUAAAAGCAGCGACGAGGUCGAAAAAUUUAAAACUAAGUUCUUGUCGGCCUGGCAUAAUGUAAGAUACAGUUGGGCUCUGAAAACAAAGACGUCAUUCAGCAGAAAUUCUCCAGUUCUGCUUCUGGGAAAGUGUUACCAUUUUAAGGCAGAAGCUUCAGACGCUGAGGAUUUCACAGACAUCUGCUAUGAAGCCUCAGACGAGGACUUCGUCAUGGGGAACGUGGAGGCUUUUCGCAGGGACUUUGCAUCUAGAGUGUGGUUGACCUACAGGGAGGACUUUCCUCCACUGCCCGGCUCCACCCUGACCUCCGACUGUGGAUGGGGAUGUAUGCUGAGGGCUGGACAGAUGAUGCUGGCCCAGGCACUUAUUCUGCAGUUUUUGGGUAGAGAUUGGACCUGGUCAGGAGCACUGAUGCUCCAGCCUUUAGACACAGAGACGUGGACAACAACUACAGCUAAACGUUUAGUUGCUACUCUAGAGGCUUCUCUCCAGAGUUCCCUCAGGUCGUCUGAUCCUGAGCCUCAGGCCCAGGCUGUUGGAGAAGAGGCUGACACUCACCUGAAAGAGUUGAACCACCGCAGGCUGGUGUCCUGGUUCGGGGAUAGUCACAUGGCCCAGUUUGGUCUCCACAGGCUGGUCCGCUCUAGUCUGACCAUGGGGAAACAGGCGGGUGACUGGUAUGGACCUGCUGUGGUGGCGCAUAUUCUCAAGAAAGCUGUGGAGGAGGCGACAGACCCGGCCUUGGCGUGUGUAGCUGCCUAUGUCUCCCAGGACUGUACAGUGUACAGCGCUGACGUCAUCGACAGUCACAGGGCACCUGCCUCAGGACAGAGUUCUGCUGACGGAUCGAACGCUUCCUUUCCAUUACACAACAGCCAGCCGGCCCCAGCCUCAGGUCUGCCUGACGACAGAGCUGUCAUCAUCCUGGUCCCUGUCAGACUGGGAGGAGAGAAGACAAACCCUGAGUAUUUUGACUUUGCAAAGAGCAUCCUGAGCCUGGAGUACUGCAUAGGUAUCAUUGGUGGGAAACCCAAACAGGCCUGUUACUUUGUGGGAUUUCAAGACGACAGCCUGAUUUACAUGGACCCUCAUUACUGUCAGUCUUUUGUGGACGUCAGCACCAGCGAUUUCCCUCUCCAGUCUUAUCACUGCCCUUCACCAAAGAAGAUGCCUUUCAGUAAGUUGGACCCAAGCUGCACCAUCGGGUUCUACUCCAGAAAUGUUCAGGACUUUGAGAGAAUCCAACAGGAGCUGUCUAAGCUGCUGCAGCCGUCUGUGAAAGAGAAAUACCCAGCGUUCACUUUCGUGCAAGGUCACGGCAGAGAUUACGACCUGUCAGCAGGCCUGACCCCGGAGAAGAUCCGUGACCCGAGGAGAACGGUGACCACUGCCGGAGACUUCGUGCUGCUUUGACAGCACUGUUUUAGGAGACUACCAGUGGAGUCUUGGUCAUUGAGUAAAAACCAAACUGCUGAGUGUCCAGAUCCUCCUGGUCCACUCUGUUGAUGAACUGCACAGGUUUCAGACUCUGAUCAGAGAGAACUUUUGUUACUGAAAGAAAAACAAAUCUCAACUGUUGCCUUUCACUGUGAACAUUUAAAUCAUUUGUAUGGGAAUUAAUUUUUGGUGAUUCUGCUGAAUUUUCUCUUCACCUUGUAUAUUUUUUCUACACUCAGAGCUGAAAGUAAGCCUGGUGCUCGUCCUAGGCAAGUAUUAAUGGAAGAGUUGUGUCACACAGAUAAUCCAGCAUAAAAACUGUGCCCAUAUCACCACGCAUCUUACACACUCAGCAGCCAGAGAGAUUUAUGUAUCGAAGAAACAUCUUCAUUCAGGGGAACAUUUCAACCUAUGUCAUAUUCAUAUUCAUAUGGACUUUAGAGAUGUGAUAAUUAUGUUUUUUUGCCAUCGCUUUAUCACAUUUGAGUAGAUUUGGUUUUAUUGUAAAGUGAGUUGUGAGUAAAUCUAGUUUUGUAAGUUGUGAAAUCAAAGGUAGAGAGUGUCAGAGAAAAAGAGUUGAGCCGUCACUUUAGUCAUCUGUGGCUCAAGACCAAGAGAUUCUCACGUCAGUGUUUACGUGACAUGAUGUGAUGAUACGACGAUGCCAAAUCUGUCACAGACGCCUGUUCUAAAGACAUUUCAGUGAGGAAUAAGUCAAGAAAUUAAUAAAUGAUUUUCUUAAAUGCUUGAAUACAAA